CCGCCACACAGCUCAUGAUGCAUUCGGCGGCGUCGAAGCGCGGGUCGAGCCUCAUGGACAAGGAUGGAGGCGACAAGUGGAUGUAUGCGCUGAUCUUUCCCAACAACGACAAAGCGAGUGUGCAGUACAUCGUGCGCAAGCUGGAAGAAGCGGCGCUUCAAGUGAAGCUAUUCUACUCGACGUCGCAAACGGACGGAACGCCGACGUUGAUCAUUUGCAAGAUCCGUGCGAAUUUGAAAGCACUUCGUGCGGAGGCCGCUCGCAUCAACUUGCCCAUGCUCAUGGACCCGCAAAAGCUUGAGGCCGUCGCGAAGCGUGGCCUUCCCGAACAUGACCUUGCCCCAUUCGAAAUCGGCGAUAGCAAGACUCUCCAAGGUGAUGUGUUCCACCCAUAUGAGAACAUUCACAUGAAGUACGACCUCGCCGACGACGUUCAAGAUCUGUAUCAGCGCACGCCUCUUGGCGGGCAGUUCUCGUCCACUCAACGCAUGAUGCUCAUUGACAGCAUCAUUGUGAACGUCGCGCACGUGAACGUCGACAAGCUCAAAGCUGAAGGAGUCGUGCUCGACUGUUUUCCUUUGCACGAAGAAGAUGAAUUGGUUGAGCUCAAGCUCCGUUGGGUCGCGUGGAACUAUCCGCCGUGGCGCCAACCGAUCACCCACAUCAAAAACUACUUUGGGUCGAAAGUUGCCAUGUACUUUGCGUACUUGGGCUACUACACAACGUGGUUGUUUGGUGCGGGCCUGGUGGGUCUCGUUGUGUUUCUGGCCGAGCUGCUCUUCCAGAAGAAUCUCAUCGCCGACAUCCCGGUCAACCAACUCCAGUUGAACGCAACUACCGUUGCCAAAGUCGGUCAAGUCGUGCAAGUUUACACCAUUCCAGCGUUCGGAACGUUUAUGGUCGUCUGGGCCACGUUGUUCCUGGAAGGGUGGAAGCGCAAGUCGGCGCGCCUUGCGCUCGAAUGGGGUACAGCCAACGUCGUCGAGGAGGAGCAGCCGCGACCACAAUUCCACGGCGAGAUUGCCAAGUCGCCCAUCACGUCGUCCCAGAUCAAGUUUUUCGACCCCAUGGAACGUCUCAAACGACGCGUUGUCUCUUGGCUCGUCCUCGCUGGCCUCCUCGGCGUUGUCAUAUUUCUCACGGCCUUGAUUUUCAUGCUGCGCUACUACGUCGUGUCCAAGAACCCGACCUUGAUGGUCGUGGCCAUCCACGGAAGAGAAUACCCGUAUGGGUCGUACGUGGCGGCCGUCGUCAACUUGGCCCAGAUCUUCAUCAUGUACAAGAUUUACGACGGCAUCAGUCUCAAGAUGAACGACUACGAAAACCACUCGACCGAGUCGGCGUACGAAGCCAACUACAUCUUGAAAGCCAUCAUUUUCCACUUCGUCAACUCGUAUGCAGCACUCAUCUACGUCGCGAGCUUGAAAAACCCGAUCGAAGGGCACUGCCUCAACGGCGACUGCUUUAGCGAACUGCGUUGGGCGCUUAUCAUCAUCUACGGGUCGCAGAUUGUGAUUGGCAACAUCAAGGAGGUGCUCAUCCCGCGAUUCUUUGCCCUCCUCGCGCGUCGACAGCACAAGGCCGCAAGCAAGGAUGAACUCGGGUCGGUCGAGCUCCAAUUUUUCAAGAGCCACUACGGGUGGAAAGGCACGUUUGACGACUUUUUGGAAAUGGUCCUGCAGUUUGGGUACUCUUCGUUUUUUGUCGUGUCGUUUCCGCUGACGCCGCUGCUGUCGUUCCUCAACAACAUGCUCGAGAUUCGCAUCGACGGGUACCGCCUCACGGAAGAUUGCCGCCGCCCGCGUCCGCACCACGCUGCCAACAUUGGCUUGUGGAGCACGGUCUUGGAGCAAUUUGUCACCAUCGCUAUCAUCACGAACGCGUAUGUGAUCUUUUACACGCGCAACUACGCGGCCGACGUGAUUGAGUACCUCAACUGGACUGAAGUCAACCACGACUACGUCGACCUUGCUCUGUUUGUUGCGUUUGUCACGGUCGUCCUGCUCUUCCGUGGCAUCCUGUCUCUGAGCAUCCCGGACGUGCCAGAGGAUGUCGCCAAGCAGCUGGCCCGUCAAGCCUUCCUCGCCUCCAAGAUUCUCGAUCACAAGAAAGACGACGACGACGAAGCGCUCAAAGUGGCCAACGCAAAGGAUGCCGCCACCUUGAAGAUCCUUGACGCUGACGACGACGAACAACGUGUGGAGAUUGUGCUCUGAGGGUAAGAAAAUGCAUCCACUGUACGUGUGUUGAAUCGAGCGUGUACCCCACUUCAUCUCCAUGGCAAACAAAUCCCCACUGCACGCACAGUCUGCAUCCAGGGUGCUUUAUGGUGCACUGGAUGGAGAGCGCGAAAGCCAGCACUCGUUGGUUGACACGAUCUGCGCACGGACUCGA